AGUGAAGUGCUUUUAUUUACUGAAGGAUGGCGUGUUUGUUGCAAAUUGUUAUUUUAAAAUUCAUUUUCUGCUUUGUUUUUGUGUAUAGUGAUAAUCUGUUUAAGAAACCAUUGUUCAAUACGAAAACUCCUUAUUUUUGGGUUAGGAAUAUAUCAGACGUUAUUCAAGAAAAUGAAUUCAGUACAACAAUUCUUAACGGGGAAAAUUGUCAACUGGAAGGCCUGAAUAUAUUACUUAGGCACGGUUCUCGAUUUCCUACCUUGAAAUGGAUCAAACGAAUAACAGCUUUGCAUUCUAAGCUUAAAGCUAAUGCAGCUAUUCUCUCUAAGUACCCGUUUAUGAAUAAGUGGACCAAUCCAUUUCUGGAGAGCCAAGAGGGGCUUCUAAGUUCCCUUGGAGUUGAUGAAAUGAAGAGAUUAGGCAAACGAUACGGAACCAGGUUUAAAGUAUUAUUAGACGGAAAACUCAAACAAGUAAAAUUCGCAACAUCUUAUAGAGAUCGAACAAAAUCUAGUUUUAAAUACUUUUACGAAGGAUUAAACGAAACAUCUCCAAGCAGUGGAACCACACCCGAAGCAAAAGAAGAUAAUACGAAAACCAGAUUUUAUGAGAGAUGUUCAAAAUACACGGAAGAAGUUGAUGAUAACGACGAGAUAUUAAAAGAAGCUAAUUCGUUUGAAGCUGGUUCGAAGAUAAGUAAUAUUGUCCAGAAAAUACAGACAAAACUUGGAACCUCCAAUAUAUCGAUAGAUUUUGAUGACGUGUUUGUAAUUCACCAAAUAUGUGCCUUUGAGCUUGGUCUGAAUGGACAGUCUGAUUGGUGUCAAUUUUUUAAUAUUGAUGAUCUGCGAGUAAUAUCUUAUUGGGAUGACUUAGAGGAAUACUAUAAAACGGGAUAUGGCUACCCCAUCAAUUGGAAACAGACUUGCCCUUAUACGUCUUAUCUUUUUGAACGAUUCGAAGAAGCUGUCACGAACUCUGAAAAACCAAACAGCAUCCAACCAGUUGACAUUUUCUUUGGGCAUCAAGAUACAAUUUUACCCAUCUUCACUGCUUUUGGAUUGUUCAAAGAUUCUGAACCAUUCACAGCAGCAAGUUAUGAUGCUAAUAUUAAUCGAAAAUUCAGUACGAGUGAAAUAACUCCGUUUUCUGCAAAUGUUGCAUUUAGUUUAUACAAAUGUGGAGCAAAUGGAAAACAUGCAUUUAAAAUAUUUGUAAAUGAAGAACCAGUAAAUGUACCUGCUUGUGGUGGAAUGGUAUGUUCAUAUUCUGACGUGAAGGUUUACUACAAAGAGCUAGCACAAUGUGACUUUGGCAAAAUUUGUGAUACCAGUUCUGCUGUACGAUUCAGAGGAUAUACAAUUUUGUCAGUUGUCUUAGUUCUGAUUACAGUUAUGAUUUAAUCUGUAUAAUGUCUUCGAUUACAGUAAUAGUAUAAUUUCUAUCAUGUCUCAAAUCAAAAGAUUGUAAUGUGAUACUCGUGACAUAAAUUUAUUAUAUUAAAAAAGUUAUUAUAUUGGCGUAUCAUGAGGUAUUCCGAUAUUAUAAUAUACUAGUAGAAGCUGCUGUUAUUGAUGAUCAGUAUAUUUAGCUAUAAUUUGUCCAUGCACAAUCUCAAAUGUGGUUAAACAUCCAUUUUCCAUCAUUUUUUUACAUGAAAAAUAAUAUUUCAGUAAAACAAAUAGUACUGAAAAAUGUGACUAAGCCAUUGUGUUCAACGCGGAGCUUUGGGUAUAUAUAAAACUAAGAAAAAAUAUAUAUAAGAGCAAUGUACAUAUCAAAAUCACAAACGCUUAAAACUCUUAUGCAAAAAUGAGUCCAAUAAAAACGAAAUAUAUCGAUUUUUGAUUACUUUAUUUAUAUUGUGCUUUGGGUUUUGGAAUAUUUAUAUAUACCUCAAAGGCAGACAAGUUGACGAAAACGAGA